AUGGGAAGAAGGCCAGGAAGGUGCUACAGAUAUCUGUCGAAGAAGGCAUAUCCGAAGUCAAGGUUUAACAGAGGAGUUCCGGACUCCAAAAUACAGAUUUUCGACCUUGGAAGGCGUAAAGCAGGAGUCCUUGAAUUUCCACUACUGGUCAACUGCAUCUCAAAUGAGAGAGAGAACCUGUCUGCAGAGGCAUUGGAGGCAGCCCGUAUAUGUGCCAACAAGUAUAUGGUAAAGCAUGCAGGAAAGGACAACUUCCAUCUGAGAGUCCGUGUUUAUCCGUUUCAUGUUCUUAGGAUCAAUAAGAUGUUGAGCUGUGCAGGAGCCGAUAGACUUCAGACAGGAAUGAGAGGAUCCUUUGGAAAGCCUUAUGGAAGGGCUGCAAGGGUUGUCUUUAACCAGCCUAUUCUCAGCAUAAGAACAAAGGACACUUUCAAAGAUGUGGCCAUUGAAGCAUUAAGGAGAGCAAAGAACAAAUUCCCUGGACAUCAGAAGAUCCAGGUUAGCUCGAAGUUUGGAUUCACAAACAUGUUACGGGAUGAAUUUACUUCUCUAAACGAGAAUGGGAAGAUCAUCCUAAGGGGAGGGUCUUUUUCUGUGGUCAAAGAGAAAGGGAGCAUUGACAACUUCAAGAAAAAUCUCGAACAAGUUGCCAACAAUUAA